GCCGCUCAGAGGACCUGGAUCUACACAUCCUCUGAAACUUACAGGGGUAAGAACUGCUGCGUUGCCUUCAUGCUACAGACCAAACUGGUGGGGUUUAAAGACGAGUUUUGCAGUCAGAUUUAGAGAAACUUAAAGGACAGAAUAAAGACAAAAGAAUUAAGGCAUCAUUUUCCUUAAAUUCGUCGGUUCAUGCUUGGAAAUAUGAAUGGUCUUCUGCUCUCUCAGAAUUGUGAGUUUUCUCUGCCUGGCUGCACAGACGGAGGGCCGCUAUUCAGCUCCAAAGCCCCCCAAGUCUGUGGGGUCAGAGUUCAGCUUGAGAUGCAGGCACUGUGGAGGCAGUUUGACCAGCUGGGCACAGAAAUGAUAGUUACAAAAUCUGGGAGGAGGAUGUUUCCAACAUUUCAGGUGAAAAUCUCUGGGAUGGACCCUUCAGCCGAGUAUGUUCUGCUCAUGGACUUCAUCCCCGUGGAUGACAAGAGAUACAGAUAUACAUUCCACAGCUCCUCAUGGUUGGUAGCAGGGAGAGCAGAUGUUGCAGCCCCGAGCAGGAUGCAUUUCCACCCGGAUUCACCGGCCCCUGGAUCUCAGUGGAUGAAGCAGACAGUGUCAUUUGACUCUCUCAAGCUCACCAAUAACUUGCUAGAUGACAAUGGACAUAUGAUUCUGAACUCCAUGCAUCGCUACCAGCCGCGCUUUCAUGUCGUGUAUGUGGACCCAACACCAAACAGUCAUUUAAACGCAUACAGGAACUUUUGUUCUUUCUCCUUCCCUGAGACACGUUUCAUGGCCGUCACCGCCUAUCAGAACCACAGGAUUACUCAGUUGAAAAUUGCAAGCAAUCCAUUUGCCAAAGGCUUCAGGACCUCAGACCCACAGGCAUGGGAGGGUACUGCAAGUUACCCUGUAGUAUCCUGUCCACCAGAUGGCAGUAGAGAGCCCCUUUCCACCAAACCUAAAGAGCAGGGAACUUGUUCAAACUCUUCAACCAGACAGAAAACGUCCUGUUGUGUGACGCUGCAGGAGUGUGAGCUGCCUCACCCUAAGGAGGACACAGUGGAGCUCAACAUGGAGAGCAAGGAUGGGAACGGCUCAAUGACUCCUGCAAAUUUCCUCAGCAUCCCUGUGUACUGGGACUAUGCUGGACCACCUCAUCAGAAUAUCAAUAAGUAAUAUAAAAUAAAUAAAAAGGUUGAGUGUCUUAAUUAGGUCCCAGGUGU